GGCAACCCUUGUAUCAAACGCAGCUGCUGGCGUUGAAGCUGAAGUUUUUGGGGUUUCGGUGGAGAUUUCUUCAAGAAGAUACAGCUAGCAAAAGCCAUGUCCGGCAGCCGUAAACAAAAACAGUCGCGUUACGGGAGCUACGUCUGCAGUCUGCUUCUUGCUGCUAAGCCUGGUCACAAAGAAGAUCCCGUCGCUUUCCCUUCGGGUCAUCUAGGGUCCCUCAGCAUGGACCAGACUCCCACCCCCAAAGAGGCCAAGCCGAGUCUCUGCACUGCCUCUCAGAGAAAAGACGAAGGUCUAAACAAAAGACAGGCACGGCCGCUGGGCCGUGUGAGGACAAAACAGAACACCUCCGGCGCUGCUUUGGAAGAGUCUGAGGUCUUGAGGUCAAAACAAGAUCAGGCCAAACAUUAUUCAUCGCAUGGAGGCACAAGAAGGGACACAUCUCCCACUGAGGCAGCUUCUUCCUCCUCAAACGCUUUGCCACAACCGCUAAAAGAUGCUUCUAAGAAAGAAUCUGACUCUUCAUCUGCGCAAGCGACUCUGCAAUUAUCCCUGAACGAUUCUAAACAUGCGACUCCGGACGUCGGAGGCCAGCCGGAGGUGAAGCCGAGGUUGGGCGACGGAGUUACAGCCAAGCAAGACGUCACCGAGGGAGCCAAAGUUGCUGAAGUGUGCGAGAGGAAACUCCAAAAGGAGUUGAAGAAGUUGUCAGCACUGAGCUGGCCCAGCAGAGACCGCCUUGCGGUGUUCAGUGACGUCUUUGAUGAUGUAUGUGAAGGCUCGCCAGUAUUUGGACGCAUCCUGAGGGAAAUCAAGACUGAGUAUGAUUUAUACAUUACUCACUUGAUGGACUCCCAUUCCUCACAAGAUCAUGUGGCUUCGGUCAAAGAUACCGGUGAGAUCACAAGAAGUGACAAAGAAGUGGAGGAGGCAGGAAACGAGGUUCGCAGCCUAGAGGAAAAGGCCCAAAGAGCUCUGGAGGAGAAUGAACGAGUCCAAGAUGAGCUAAAGAACCUUCCAGCCGUAACACACCAAGAGCACAGCGGCAUGAAGAACACAUCCCUGUCCAGAAAGGAGGACGGCGGGACAGCCGUGGACGGCGCCGACGUCCUCCAGCUCAGGACGCUUCAGGUGCUGGACGGGCCGGAGGAGGAGGGCCGUAAAACGCCGGCGUCCGCCGUCGCAGCUGCUGCCACGGAAAGACAUCUCAAAGAUGUAAAGGCAGAAACAAUAAAACUAAUAGCUUCAAAUGAGCGUCUGAGGACCGUUAAUAAGGAGCUACAGAAGAGCAUCAGUUUGGUGUUGGACAGAGAGAAGCCAGGAGGAGCCAUCACACGGAUGCUGUGGAGCGCAAUACACAAAGAUCUCCAAGCAGACGGCGAAUACCUCGAGUCAUAAAUGAAAUCAAGGUUGCAAGCAUGGAACGUCUGGCAGUGUGUGCAGGAUGAAAAUGGAGUUGUAUCUUAUACUGAAAGCGAAAGAAAUAUAAAAAUAUAUAUAUUUUGAACUGGAAACUAUUUGUUGUUUGUCUUCCACUUCACAACUAGACGCUUCUCUGUGCUGGCGGUACGUCAUGAAAAAUCCAGAUAAAGUACGUUAAAAUCUGUGGUAGAAUGUGGAAAUGGUCUCAUGGAAGGAAUACAGCGCUGUUUUUAUGAAUGAAUACAGCGCCUCUAUUACUGCGACUCUGUAUUAUGGUGUAUCACAGACAACCGUGCCUCGCAGAAUGCAGCUGAUCGGCUUUUAACUGCUUGUUUUAUCCUGUUUUAUCCGCAUUGCACUGGUUACCUGUUCAGUUUAGGGUUCAUUUUAAGAGUCUUUUGUUUUUAAAUCUCUGCGACAGACUGGCGACCUGUCCAGGGUGUAGCCCGCCUCUCGCACGUUGAACAUUGGAGAUAGACACCAGCACCCC